AUGUCGUUUACCUACACCGUAGUAGUUCCUCCGGGGAAGGAUACGGACGUGUACUAUAUCCCGGUAGCCAAUCUUGGCUUUCGCGCAUCGCGGCAACGCCUGAAGGACUUUGUCACGCCUGUGGCCGACGUGGAUCACGUCGAGAUAUUCCGGAGGAGUACUAGCGGUUGGAUCAGGGUGACCGGAUUUGAGAACUUUUGCGCAGCUUUUCAACGCCUCGACGGUGGCAUCUUCCUGGGGCGAGCCAUCAUCGCCUGCAACCGCAAUGCCGAGAAUGCCAUCGCGAUCCGCGGCGUGUGUAGGGCGGGAGAGGAGUCCGCUAUCGCAGCGGCCUAUCCGCCCCCAGCCGCGGCCGGGCCCGCCAGCUACGGCGCCGACAUGGCCACUCCGUCGUCGUACGGCCUGCAGGAGUAUGCCGACGCGUAUGGUUCCACGGCCUCGGCCUCGGGCCCUCCAGACCAUGCCUAUGCCAGCUCGGGCGACGCCUACUCCGCGGCCACGGAUCCGGGCGGUGCUGAUUCUUCUCCCUCGGGCGCCUACCCGCACGACCAGGCGGCCGAGCACUACGAGCCGUACCCGCAGAUGCCGGCCUCCUCCGGCAUGAACCCCCGCGCCCCGGAGUACGUGAGCGGCGAGGCAUACGUCGGCUCCUGCCCCGCCCCCUGGGCUGGAGAGCCGUCUCAGGGUCCACGUGGCGGUGGUGGCGGCGACGGCGGCGGCAGCCAGUCGAAGAGCAGGGGCAAGGGCCAGGGCAAGGACAAGGGCGACCGGCACCACAAGGACCGGGGCCGGGUGUGGGACCAUGACCGGGACCACGGCCGGGGCGGCGGCGGCUGCGGGGCUGGCCCUGCCUCGCCGGUGAUUGUGGAUGGCAGCUCCAGGCGACGUCAGCGCUGA